AUGUUCUGGCGCCUAGUUCGCCUGGCGGCCCUCCUCGUACUCGCAAUUCUAAGCUCGCUCACCAACAAGUCGAUUCUACAACCAAUAAACAAAGCGCUUUCCCGACGACCCCCGCCUCAUUCACACUUCACCUUCGUCGAAGAUGACGUUCCCGAACGCCUUCACGUCGCCAACGCGCGUCCGCACGUCCUGAUGCGCAUCGAGGAGUCCGCGCGCUACAACAUCACCGCCCCGAACGCCUACCUCGAGUGGCUCUACACCGCCACGCCCGCCGACCAGGGCAACGUCCGCCUCGGGCCCCUGCACCGCAUCUUCAACGUGAACAUGUUCCACCAGCUCCACUGCCUCCGCGCGAUGCGCAAGGUGCUCGCGGAGGAGGACGAGCUGAGCGCGUCGAGCACGCACCACAUGGAGCACUGCCUCGCGAUCCUGAAGGACCACACGCUCUGCGCCGCGGACGCCAGCCUCGAGCCCGGGGAGCCGUUCGACAGGGACUUUGCGACGGAGCGCGAAUGGGGCGAGAUGAAGUGCUUGGACGUCGAGGCGUACUACGCGACGAUGUGGGAUCACUGGACGGAGUGGCUUGCGGUAGACCGCGCUACGCGCGCUCAGAGCGAAGUACGGAUUUAG